AUGAAAAGACGUUUUCCUGUCCUCGACACUGCUAGUGGAAAGACCGCCGGUGAAGUAGCCUUUCCAAUUUGGAAGGAUCACUUCAAGAACUUGCUGAACCAGCAAGUGCCGUCAGCUCCUGAACUCCGGCACUUUCAUAGGCCGACAUUUGCGGUUAAGGAGGAACCAAAGACACAGCCGGAGGUCUUGGUCUGUAUUCAAAAAAUGAAGAAUGGAAAAUCUGGCGGAGACGACGGGAUUAGCGCAGAAAUGCUAAAAUAUCUUCCUUCGUCUGGGAUUCGUGAGAUGACAAAGAUCAUCCGUUCAAUAUGGAUAGACGAAAGGAUACCUGAUUCAUGGAGACACGCUAUCAUAAUUCCCCUCCACAAGAAGUUAUCCGUCACGGACCCCAUGAAUUAUCGAGGAAUCUCUUUGCUGCGUGUUAUGUACAAGGUAUUGGAGCGCACUAUCCUGGAGCGACUCAUUAAACAUCGCGAAGAAACAACGCGCGACGAGCAAGCUGGCUUUCGUCCUGACCGAUCUACGAUUGACCAGGUGUUCAUCGUCAGGAGAGUGAUCGAAAUCUGGCAGCGGUAUUCGAAGCCAAUGCAACUAGCGUUUCUGGACUUUGAAGCCGCGUUCGACUCUCCUCACCGAGGCCGUCUUCUCAACGCGCUGAGCGCCGAUGGAGUACCAGGAAAGUUCGUUCGCUUGCUUGAUGACAUGAAUCAACGAACAACUGCUGCAGUUCGAACACCAGCCGGAUGUACAACACUGUUUGAAGUGGUAACUGGAGUAAAACAAGGGGCAGUGGCAGGACCUUUCCUGUUCAAUUUCGCAGUCGACGACAUUAUGCGAAGAACAGUCGACCAAUGUCCUGCCGACAUUGUCUUAGCACCAUCUGGGUGCCCCUUGACUGACCUCGAGUACGCCGACGAUGUUGUUAUGUUCGCGGAAAGAAGUAAAUGCAAGCAGAUGUGGAUCUCUUCGAGACCACGAACGGGAAUCAGGGUGGACGGACAACCGAUAGAACUCGUCGAUGAGUUCUGUUACCUAGGCUGUACACUGAAGAACAAUGGCAGCUACGAGAGAGAUGUUCAGCAAAGAUGCGCUAAGGCCACUUCUGCAUUUAACUCCUUAACGAAAUGCCUGUGGUCGACCCCCAUCACCAACGAAGUCAGGCUGCGAGUCUAA